CUGCUCGAACUUUUUUGUGGGGCGCAAAAGCGAACUUUCUCCUCCACCACCAUUGCCAGGUUCACGACACCCUCCAAGAGAGCCAAGAUGAAGAAGUCGAAGAUCAACGACUUCGACCCUGAGUCUCUCCUCGAUCCUGCACCAAGCUCGAGCUCAGACGAGCGCUCCGAUGCAGAGUCCUCCGCUGCUGAAGAUGAGAAUGCGGGGCGCGAACAUUACACAGCUGUCGGCAAGAGCAAGCUGAGGAAAGCGAAAGAGGUGCCGCUUGGACCAGAGUACGCAGGACGCGGGGUCAGUAGGAAAGAGCUUGAGGAUAGCGACAGCGACGACCCGUUCGCCAAAGGCUUCGACGAAGACGACAGCGAAGCGAGUAGUGAAGAGGAAGAUGGCUUGAAUGGACUAAGAAUUGAUGGAGAAGAUGGGAGUGAAGUGGAAGGUCUGGAUGAGGAGUUUGAUGAGGAUAUCAGCGACGAAGACGAAGAGAUGGGCAGCGAGGACGAAGAGGAUAAUCUCGAAGAUUCAGACGACGACGAUUCUGAGGAUGACUCAAAGGCUGGCGCAUCUGCGGUGCGUGACCUCAUGAAGGACAGCAAAUCCUUUACCUCCACGCUCGCUGCUGGGGCCGAAUCCGAUGUCGCCAAAGGACAGGCCGUUAAGACGCAGCGAAAGACUUUCGAUUCACUCCUCAACACCCGCAUUCGGUUACAAAAGGCAUUAAUCUCGACUAACUCCAUGGUUGCGGAGCCCUACAAGGCAGAGCCUGCGUCGAAAUCAUCUAUUGAAGCCGCCGAAACAGCUGCUUUGACCCUCCUCAACAACCUCACCGACCUCCGUAUAUCCCUGGAAGAGGCCCGAACUGGUCAUAAGCGCAAACGCACGUUAUUCGAUUCUAACGCUUCGUCGUCUGAGAUUUGGUCCCAAAUACAAAGCACAGAGUCCUCCACAAUCCCACACCGCAAAGCGGUCCUGCAGCGCUGGUCCAACAAAACAAAAGCCACAACUGUGACAAACAACAAAGCGCGCCUCAACGCCUCCGCACAGCAAACGCUCACCGAGGUUCUCGACGCGCAACUUACAUCUUCACACCUAGUAACCCGCACCCAAACACCACGCUCGUGUGCGCCACUACAAUCCUCAACCAAAGCCCCUCAACCCGACCCGGCAAUUUACGACGACGCCGAUUUCUAUGGCCUCCUCUUGAAGGAGCUUCUCGAGCAGCGCUCCGCAGACCUCAACGCCAACGGCACUGCAGAAUUCGUAGUCCAGGCUCCAUGGCAGGUUGCGCGUGAAGCCAAGACCAAGAAAGUGGUUGAUACGAAGGCAAGCAAGGGAAGGAGAUUGCGCUACACAGUGCAAGAGAAGUUGCAGAAUUUUAUGGCGCCAGAAGAGAGGGGCGAAUGGGGAGAUAGGCAGAGGGAAGAUCUGUUCAGCAGUUUGUUUGGCCAGAGACUAGCACUUGGAGAAGCCGAGGAUGUGGAAAGUGAGAAGGAGGAUGAUGGGGUUGAUGCUGAGGAGGCAGGAUUGAUGUUGUUUAGGAGCUAAUUGCUUGAAAGGAGCAAUUUACAUUGAUAUGGAUACUUUUUUUCAAAGGGUCUAAACUUGUAUAUUUAGACAAACAAUUUGCCGCCCUCAAAUUUAAUGCACAUACUCCUU